AAAUAUUCUGAACAGUCAGUGCGCACGCUCUGCAGCGACAACAUCAACAAAUUGCAAAUCAGUUUUGUUCGGCGCCGCGUUUCCAGCUCGAUUUGUGAUAACGAAUAUUAUUUGAUUAUUCGAAACUUGUGCAUCGCCAACAAAAAAACACAAAAAACACACACAUACAGAAAACGAGAAGUUCGAGAACGCGUGUGCUGAGAACACAAUCUCACCAGAGCCAAGGAUAUUCAUCAAGCAGCAACGAUAAAAUCAAAACUCAAAACUCGAUAUAAAUAAAACUCGAUCGAAAUUAAAACGAUCUUCGCUUAUAACAUGUUCCAGUUAACGCAUCAAUUUUACACCCUGGCCGUGGCCCUGGGCAUCGUUUGCUUUGCGACAGCUGCGCCCCAGCAACAACCAGAGGAGGGACCGCACACGCUGCUGGACAUCGUGACACCCAACCAGUUCAGCUACAACUCUCCCCUCGCCCAGCCGGACAGUCUGCGCUCCAAGCCCUACUUUGACUUCCUCAGCACCCUCUACGCUCACGAUUCGGCUAAGACCGAUCUAUUCCGGAAUCGUCCUCGUCGUCAGGUCGAGGAAGUCGAACUUCCCGUCGAACUGAAGUCAGCAGCUGUUGAGGAUCAAACCAAAACUCAUCGUCAGGAGCGCAAACGUCGUGCUAUCGUCUUCCGUCCUCUGUUUGUCUAUCAGCAGCGUGAGAUCAGGAAAAAGGAGAUCGCCGCCAGGAGACGCGAUGAUCAGCUGUACCACAAGCGUGUGUAGUAUCGUCACUCUCACACACAUCGAAUCCCACAACAACCAUCAAGCUAUGGCUGUCACACUGGUCUUCUACAGGGUCCUCUCUAGCACUUAGCUCUCUAACCUAACCUAAUCUAAAAUAUUAUAACAUAUUAUUAAGUAACGCACAGCACAACGCAAAGCAACUGCAAUUCGAUCGAUACGCAAUCUUUAUUCUUAUUAUUGUAUUCACUUACUUAAGCACAUUCCCACCCCACCCCAAACUCACGCCAUCCCACGAAAAUCAAAGCAUACGUUAAGUAUUCCCUAAAUUAAAAUUAAAUUACAAAUGUCACCUAACAUAUUUGUUAACUGAUUCUUAAAUACUUGUUACUAUAAUGUUUAUUAAAGCUAACAAAAUUA